CUACUUAGUACGCGACUGGAAGGAAAAAAAUAAUAUAAGUUUGGGAGGAUAGAAAAUUGUGAAAAUAAAAGCAGGAAGUGGAUUUCUAAGCCAAAAAAGGGCGACCUGCGACUACCAACCAAAAUGGGACUCACCCCAUUGCUUUUCCUUUUGCCCACCAAACAAAUGGUUCCCAUUUUACUUGCCAAAACGCAGUGAAAAGGUUCCAUUUUUACCUACCAAAAUGCAGUAAAAAACACAUAAAUAAUUGUGAAAACAGCACAAAAUGGCCACACAAAAGCCAGGCGAGUGGGCUAGUGCCCUUUUGGCCCGUUUCGAGGAUCAGCUGCCGAACAGAAUCGGAGCCUACGGAACGCAGGCCAGGAUGAGCCAGGACCAACUGGUGGCCUGUCUAAUCCACAUAUCGCGAUAUCGCUUUUCCCUGGUUAUUUCCGGACUUACUAAAAUGCUCCAAAGGGUCAAUGAGGCGGCUCUUCAAAAUCGCCAUGAGCCGGAGCGUUGCUAUUUCGAGUCGCUGGUCAUCAUACUGACCACUCUGGAGCGCUGUUUGACCAACCAGACCAAGGACACGGCUCGUUUCGAGGAGGCCAUGAAUGUGAAGCUCCUGCUGCGCGAAAUCUCCCAAUUUGUGGAUGUCCAGAGCGACAGUAAUCCGAAUGCUGCCCAGCUCAAGGCCUUGGCAUCGAAGGUGCUCUUUGCUCUGUCGCAGAAUCACUUUUCGGCUGUGUUCAAUCGCAUAUCGGCCAGGAUUCAGGAGCUGACAUCCUGCUCUGAGGAGAACCCAGACUACAACGACAUCGAAUUGAUUCAACACAUCGAUAUGGACAUGAUUAAACUAACCAAGCUCUUACAAGAAACCAUUACAAAGUUUCGCUCAAAGCGUGCACCUCCUUUGAUCUUGCUUUACUCACUAGAGAAGGCUAUCUGGAACUGGAUUGAGUACCAUCCACAGGAGUUCCAGGAUUUGCAACGAGGCACCAAUAGAGAUAUAUCCACCUGCUGGGAACCCCUGAUGGACUUUGUGGAGUACUUCAAAACCGAGAACAAGAAAAGCAAGACCCUUGUGUGGCCGCUGCAAAUGCUCCUGCUUAUACUAAAUCCCUCUUGCCUCGAGGCCGUCGUCAACGAACUGCAGCAGUCGGAGAAGGAAAAAGAAAAGGAUAAGGAAAAGGAAAAGGUUGCCUCCAAAUCGGGCCAAUCCACUUCCCGGGACAAGGACUUCUCGGCCAAGCAGUUCAUCGAAAGCAUCAAACGAGGCCUGGGCCAGCACUCUCCCUCCAAACAGGUCACCGAAUCCUCGGCCAUUGCCUGUGUGAAGCUCUGCAAAGCAUCCACCUACAUUAACAACACCGACUCCAACAACGUGGUCUUCAAGCUGGUGCAGUUCUUCAUAAACGAUCUCAAAGCGCUUCUCUUCAAUCCAGCCAAACCCUUCUCCCGCGGCCAGGGGUAUAACUUCGCGGAUAUCGAGUUGAUGAUUGACUGCUGGGUUUCUUGCUUCCGAAUAAAUCCCCACAACAUCGAGGCGCUAAAAGUUUGCCUUAAUCUAUCAUCGCCGCAGGCUUAUCACUUCGUCAUAGUUUGCUCUCUUCUGAGGCUGGCACACAUAUAUGUGGACUUUCGCCUGCAAAACAAGAACCCUUUCCGGAUUGUCAACCAACCCAGAUUGUCCUGGUGGCCACAAACAGAUGUGGUUCAUUACCGCUCCGCAGAGUUGAGGGCCCUGUUUACGGAUACUCUCAACAAAGCCACUCAGGGCUAUAUAGCCCAUACCCCACUGCGCUAUAUAACAUCUCUGACGCUCAAAUCGAAGGACACCCAAAAGGGUUUGACCCGGGCUGAAGAGGGUCCUGCCCACAAAAUGCUAUUGCUGCUGCUUGUGCGACUGAUCCAUGCUGAUCCCACGCUUUUGUUGAAUACCCAGGGAAAAGUGGCCCACGAAGUGCAGAGCUCGACGUUGGAGCUGAUCAACGGCCUGGUUAGUUUGGUGCACCAAACUACUAUGCCGGAUGUUGCGCAGGAGGCUAUGGAGGCGCUGCUCGCUCUGCACGCCCCAGAAAAGAUUGAGGUUUGGAAUCCAGAGGCUCCCAUCAACACCUUCUGGGACGUCAGUUCGCAGGUGUUGUUUUCCAUCUCGCAAAAGCUCAUUCAGCACCAAAUAGCCAACUACACGGAUGUGUUAAAGUGGCUGCGCGAGAUCCUAAUCUGCCGGAAUACGUUUCUCCAGCGGCACAAGGAUUACGCCCAUGUGGGCAGUCAGAUUGCCAUUUGCAAACAAGCUCACAUCAAGAUGGAGGUGGUUUUCUUCAUGUACCUCUGGAGCGUCGAUUUAGAUGCGGUGCUUACUUCGCUGUCCUGUUUCGGAUUGCUAUGUGAAGAGGCAGAGAUCUGCUGUAGUUCCGAUGAGCUGACCGUCGGCUUCAUUAUGCCGAAUUAUCAUAUUUACCAAGAGCUGGCUCAGCUUUCCACAACUGCAACGGACUCUCGCAUUUGCUUCUUUGACAACACCCAUGGCAAUGUUCUGAGCCGCCUUACGCUCCAAAAGCGCAUUAUGACGCUAUUGCGGAAGAUUGAGCAUUGCGUCCACGGUGUGCAACCGGCUUGGGAGGAGACAUUUCGCAAUUGGGAAGUGUCCAGCAAGGUUUUGCAAACAUACCCCAAAAGCAAGGGCGAAGAUGGCCAGGCGGAGGUCUUCCACCGUGGCAUGGGAAAGCGACGAGCGAGUCACCAGAGCUCAGAGCACGACCUGGAGGAGCAGAUCAACGAAUGGGCCAACAUGACCUGGUUUCUUUUGGCUCUGGGCGGUGUCUGUCUUCACAAGCGCAGCAGUAGCCGUCAAAUGCUACUACAGCAAUCGCAGAACAACGCCUCGUUGGGAUCUCUAGCUCAAAACUCUCUGUACUCAAGUUCCACGAGUUCCGGUCACGGAUCGCUGCAUCCAAGUACGGUUUCGCUCUCCACACUCCCACCAGCACCGCCUCAAGAUGUCAGCUACUGUCCAGUAACACAAUUCGUUGGCCAACUAUUGCGACUUCUGGUCUGCAGCAACGAGAAAAUCGGCCUGAAUAUCCAGAAGAAUGUGAAGGAACUAGUGGGCGAGGAAAUGUCCACUCAAUUGUAUCCCAUACUCUUCGACCAGGUUAGGGCCAUCGUGGAGAAGUUUUUCGACCAGCAGGGCCAGGUGAACGUCAAUGUGACCGACAUCAACACACAGUUUAUCGAGCACACCAUUUACAUAAUGAAGUCUAUUCUGGAUCCCAAGGCCAGUAAGGAUCCCAAUAACGAGCAGCCCUCGCCGUCGGAACAUUUGGGAGUUACAAGUAUCGAAGGCAUGAUGUUGGGAAUAGUACGCUAUGUUCGCCACCUGGACAUGACCGUAUACGCCAUCAGAAUAAAGACAAAACUGUGCCAGCUGGUCGAAGUGAUGAUGAAGCGUCGCGAUGAUCUCGCUUUCCGCCAGGAGAUGAAGUUUCGAAACAAGCUGGUGGAAUACCUGACCGACUGGGUGAUGGGCACCUCGCAUCAGAUUGCGCCGCCCAGCUCGGCUGAUGCCGCCAUACUCACAAACACUUCCCUCAUCUUUCGAGACUUGGAUCAAGCCUGCAUGGAGGCAGUGGCGGCCCUACUUCGGGGUCUUCCCCUCCAGCCAGAGGAAUCAGAUCGAGGGGACUUGAUGGACGCAAAGAGUGCGCUUUUUUUAAAGUACUUUACCCUGUUUAUGAACCUUCUGAACGACUGCAUCGACAGCUCUGAGGCGGAAAAGGAGAUGAAUAAUACUCCACUGUUGCCUCCACGUCCUCGAAUGGCAGCUGGAAAGUUGACUGCUCUAAGGAAUGCCACCAUCCUGGCCAUGUCCAAUUUGCUAGGUGCCAACAUCGACUCGGGUUUGAUGCACUCGAUCGAUCUGGGCUAUAAUCCGGAUUUGCAAACUCGUGCCGCUUUUAUGGAGGUGCUCACCCAAAUCCUGCAGCAAGGCACCGAGUUCGAUACCUUGGCUGAAACAGUGCUAGCAGAUCGCUUUGAGCAACUGGUCCAAUUGGUCACAAUGAUCAGCGACAAGGGUGAAUUGCCCAUUGCUAUGGCGUUGGCAAAUGUGGUAACCACUUCCCAGAUGGACGAAUUGGCAAGGGUCCUUGUCACGCUGUUCGAUGCCAAGCACCUGUUGUCCCCCCUCUUAUGGAACAUGUUCUAUCGCGAGGUGGAGGUCUCCGAUUGCAUGCAGACUCUUUUCCGUGGAAAUUCAUUGGGCAGCAAGAUCAUGGCCUUCUGUUUUAAGAUAUAUGGAGCUAGUUAUCUGCAAAUGCUUCUGGAGCCGCUGAUUCGACCGCUGCUCGAUGAGGAAGAGGAGACCUGCUUUGAGGUUGAUCCAGCUCGACUUGAUCCCACCGAGGACAUCGAUCAGCACAGAAACAAUUUGAUCGCCCUAACCCAGAAGGUGUUUGAUGCCAUUAUCAACUCGUCCGAUCGCUUUCCCCCCCAGCUGCGCUCCAUGUGCCAUUGCCUGUACCAAGUGUUAAGCAAACGCUUUCCGAAUCUGCUGCAGAACAACAUUGGUGCAGUGGGCACAGUCAUCUUCUUGCGCUUCAUCAAUCCAGCCAUAGUUUCCCCACAAGAACUAGGAAUCGUUGACAAGCAGGUUCACAGCUCAGCCAAACGGGGUCUGAUGCUUAUGUCAAAGAUCCUGCAGAACAUUGCCAACCACGUUGAGUUCUCCAAGGAGCAGCACAUGCUGUGUUUUAACGAUUUCCUGCGCGAUCACUUCGAAGCCGGUCGACGGUUCUUCAUCCAGAUUGCCUCGGAUUGCGAGACCGUGGAUCAAACCUCGCACAGCAUGAGCUUUAUUUCCGAUGCGAAUGUUCUGGCCCUGCAUCGGUUGCUAUGGACGCACCAGGAGAAGAUCGGCGACUAUUUGUCAAGCAGUCGGGAUCACAAGGCGGUGGGAAGGCGUCCAUUCGACAAAAUGGCUACUCUGCUGGCCUACUUGGGUCCGCCGGAGCACAAACCCGUGGACUCGCACAUGAUGUUCAGCUCUUAUGCGCGCUGGAGUUCCAUUGACAUGUCAUCCACGAACUUCGAGGAGAUCAUGGUCAAGCACCAGAUGCACGAGAAAGAGGAGUUCAAGACGCUGAAGUCAAUGAACAUAUUUUACCAGGCGGGAACCAGCAAAUCUGGCUAUCCAGUAUUUUACUACAUUGCAAGAAGAUACAAGAUUGGAGAAACAAAUGGGGAUCUGCUUAUCUACCAUGUCAUUCUCACGCUAAAGCCCUUCUGCCACUCGCCCUUCGAGGUGGUCAUCGAUUUCACGCACACCUGUUCGGAUAAUCGCUUUCGCACCGAAUUCCUGCAGAAAUGGUUCUACGUUCUGCCCACGGUAGCUUACGAAAAUGUCCAUGCGGUGUAUAUUUACAACUGCAACUCGUGGGUGCGUGAAUACACCAAAUUCCACGAUCGCAUCCUGGCACCGUUAAAGGGAAAUCGCAAGCUUCUCUUCCUGGAGUCGCCGAACAAACUCACGGAUUUUAUAGACGCCGAGCAACAGAAGUUGCCGGGAGCCACUCUUUCGUUGGACGAGGAUCUCAAGGUGUUCAGCAACGCGCUGAAACUCAGCCACAAGGACACCAAGGUGGCCAUCAAAGUGGGUCCCACUGCAUUGCAGAUUACGUCGGCUGAAAAAACCAAGGUUCUGGCUCAUUCGGUGCUCCUAAACGAUGUCUACUAUGCCUCUGAAAUUGAAGAGGUGUGCCUGGUGGACGACAACCAGUUCACCCUGUCCAUAACCAACGAAAGUGGCCAGUUGAGCUUCAUUCACAACGAUUGCGAUAAUAUUGUCCAGGCCAUAAUCCACAUUCGAAAUCGCUGGGAGCUUAGUCAACCGGAUUCAGUAACAGUACAUCAAAAGAUUCGACCAAAGGAUGUGCCGGGAACACUGCUAAACAUGGCGCUGCUCAAUCUGGGAUCAUGUGAUCCAAACUUAAGGACUGCUGCCUACAAUUUGCUGUGUGCUUUGACCGCCACCUUUGACCUGAAGAUUGAGGGACAGCUCCUCGAAACCCAAGGUCUCUGCAUACCCUCCAACAACACCAUAUUUAUUAAGUCUGUGAGCGAAAAGCUGGCCACCAACGAACCACACCUUACUCUGGAGUUCCUCGAGGAGUCGAUUCAGGGCUUUCAGCGCAGCACAAUCGAGCUGAAGCAUUUGUGCUUGGAGUAUAUGACGCCCUGGCUGAAGAACCUAGUCAAGUUUUGCAAGUCCAACGACGAUUCCAAGAAGCUAAAGGUUUCUCAAAUUCUCGACAAGCUCAUUAACUUAACUAUUGACCAGAAGGAAAUGUAUCCCUCAGUGCAGGCGAAGAUAUGGGGAUCGAUUGGUCAAAUUCCCGAGCUCAUCGACAUGGUUCUGGACAAUUUCCUGCAUAAAUCGAUUACAUACGGAUUGGGCUCACCACAAGUGGAGAUAAUGGCGGACACUGCAGUGGCUCUUGCUUCGGCCAACGUCCAGUUGGUGUCCAAGAAGGUAAUAACCCGGAUGUGCCGCGUCAUGGACAAAUCCUGCACGAAUCCCACUCAGUAUCUGGAGCAGCACAUGAUGUGGGACGACAUAGCCAUCCUUGGACGGUACCUGCUCAUGUUGUCCUUCAACAACUGUUUGGACGUGGCCACAUCGGUACCCUACCUCUUCCACACCAUCACGUUUUUGGUCUGCUCGGGAUCGCUGUCCAUGCGAGCCUCCACCCACGGCCUCGUGAUCAACAUCAUUCACUCGCUGUGCACCUGCACGAAUCCCUCCUUUUCGGAGGAGGCGCAGCGUGUACUCCGUCUGUCCCUGGAUGAGUUCUCGCUGCCCAAGUUCUAUCUGCUUUUUGGCAUCAGCAAGGUCAAGUCGGCAGCAGUGACUGCAUUCCGCUCCAGCUGCCGUCAUCCCACGGACAAGUGGCUGGGAAAUGAGAGGGUCACUCAACCGCUGCCCGCGGAUCGGGAGCGCUUGUCGCUACCAUCGCUGGAGGUCAUCACGGAUGCUCUACUCGAAAUCAUGGAGGCUUGCAUGCGCGAUGUUCCCGAUUGCGAUUGGCUAAACACCUGGACUUCGUUGGCCCGGAGCUUUGCCUUUUGCUACAAUCCAGCACUGCAGCCAAGAGCUCUCAUAGUUUACGGCUGCAUCAGCAAAAGUGUAACGGACCACGAAGUGAAGCAGUUGCUGCGCAUCCUGGUCAAGGCCUUGGAAUCCUUUAACGAUCUUAUCCUGAUCGAGGCACUGGUCAUGUGUUUGACCCGCAUUCAGCCGUUGCUGCGCCCGGAGUCGCCCAUUCAUCGGGCCCUCUUUUGGGUGGCCAUUUCGGUGCUGCAGCUGGACGAGAUUACCCUGUACGGUGCUGGCCUGGCCCUGCUCGAGCAGAACCUACACACGCUCAAGUCCCAGGGCUGCUUCGACAAGAAGGAGACCAUAGCCGAGGUCAUGAUGAAGACAAGGGAAAAACUGGAGUGGCACUUUAAGCAGCUGGAUCACGCCGUGGGCCUUUCGUUCCGCAGCAAUUUUCACUUUGCCCUGGUAGGGCAUUUGAUCAAGGGUUUCCGCCAUCCUACGCCCACAACUGUUUCCCGCACCUCUCGAGUGCUGACCAUGCUGCUGGGCAUCAUUGCCAAGCCGCUGCAUCGAGACAAGUUCGAAGUUACCCCGGAUAGUGUGGCCUAUUUGACCGCACUGGUGGCUGUUUCCGAGGAAGUCCGUUCCCGGUGUCAUGUGAAGCACGCCCUGCCCCGCUGGCCCGCUGAUCUUAGUGGCAGUGUGGAGAAUGGGGAAGCAUCCAGUGGAGUGCAAGCCAUUGGCCUGCCCCUCUCGCGUCGACAAAAGAGCUGGGAUAUCCUAGACCAAUCCGCGCUGCAAUUUGCUCGCCAGCACAAAGUUCCCACUCUUCAGAACGCGCGGGUUUUGUUUAAAACUCAACGCUCAUUCUCGGUGCCGACAACCAAAGAUCCGAACAAUGCAACCGGCAUCGAAGAACGUCAGGAACGCGGUUCGCGUUCGUCAGUGUCCAACGAAUCAAAUGUCCUGCUUGACCCGGAGGUCCUGCCUGAUCUGUCCAUUCAAGCCCUGGUCUUAACUGUUUUGGCCACCUUGGUCAAGUAUUCGUCGGAUGAGGGCGAAACGCGUGUUUUGUAUCAGUAUUUGGCGGAGGGCUCUGUGGUAUUUCCCAAGGUGUUUCCAGUUAUCCAUUCGCUGCUGGAUCAAAAGAUAAACAAUAUUUUGUCAGUGUCCCAUGAUCAAGUGGUGCUCAACUCUGUGCAGAACAUCAUACAAAAUAUGCUGGCCAGUGAAGAUCCCUCCCAACAGCAACUUCACUUCCUUCAAAGCUGUGGAUUUGGCGGGCUCUGGCGAUUUGCUGGACCCUUUACUAAAUACAACAUGAUGGGUGAAUCCUCGGAGCUGUUUGUCAACUGUUUGGAGGCCAUGGUUGAGACCUGUUUGCCAGGCGAUGAAUCCGCCCCGGUGCCACCCUCCCCGCGUCCCUACAACCUGAGCUCCAGCCUGAGUAGCCUGACCCUAGGCUCCCCCACAGACAAAGCAUUCUCAUCGGAAUCAUUAGAUUUUUAUGACAAUUGCCCAGGUAGCGUCAGCAGCCUGCGACGCGCCUCACACAGCAAAUCACGCGCCAAACAUCGAAUUAACGACAGUCCAUCACAUUGAACGUUCCACAAGUAAAAUACAUAACUAUUGAAACCUAAUAUUAAACCAAAUUAAGAAUAGCUGAAAACAAAUGCCACAGAAUAACACCAUGAUUGGAAACAAAUAUAUAUUUCGUAGUUAUCUAAGCAAUGUCAUAAUGGAACCAUUGUCCCAAAAUUUUUGUUAUAACAAAAAACAUGCAAAUUGUUAAACAAAAGACGAAAGACGAAAAAACUCACAAAAUAAUGCACUUAACCAUACACACAAAAUGAUGUUCAAAAUUAGAAAAUUAUAUUGAAGAUAUAUCUGGUACCUAAAAGCGUUUACCAAAUAUUUUCAAAAUCAUGUUGGUAAAUUAAAUCCACUUUAUGUAGCGUAGUGUAGUAUUGCCCCAAAUAUUUAUUGUUUCAAAUAUAACAGAAAAAAAGAAACGCGAAAUGUAAUUCCCGAAAGCUUAAUUAUGGCAGAGAACCAAAAUAUAUUUCUGAUAAAUGCAUGCCAAGAACACUUCAAAUUAUUGCAAUAUUAAAAUGUUCACCCAGUAAUAGAUUCAGUUUCCAGUAGCUCCAAAAUAAGCUUGAAAUAAAAAAAAUACAGAAAAUACACCAAUAUUUUAAAUACUCUCAUUAACAACUACAUUUUAUAAAAGCAAAUAUAUAACAGAAGUAAUAUAUAAGUAACUGUAUGAAUUAUCACCGCUUUUUUGCCCAGAUUUUCAUUUCACCCCAAAUAUUCCUUUCCUCGAUAUGUUUAUGCAACUUUUGUCUUACUUUCAGCUGCAUGAAUAACAACUACAAACCCGCGCACUAGACGUACCACACUAAUCGCAAAAGUAAUGCGUUUCCUAAAUCUGUUUAAAAAGUGCUUUUAGAGAACGUGAAAACCCCACAGAAUGUCGUACAAAAUCAUAGAAUAUUUAUAUAUUGGUAUAUGUGUGUAUAGAAUGUCCAGAAGCGAUGUCCACUAAAUGCGAAAAAUGAAAUGAACGCUCGAAACGAUAUAUGUAAAAACAAAUGUAUAUAAAUAUAUGUGUAGAAAUGAGUGGAUAAAGGAGGAUACCCAUAGAAGAAGAUGUCGAACAGAAAUAUUUUUAAACGAUUAGCGAUUGUACAUUUCAACGACUGCAAUCCGCAACUGCAACUAAACACACCAAGUCCACCAGUUCCUGAGAAGAUAACCACGACCAGGCAAAACGGAGUUAACCAAGAAAGCAAGUAAAGGCAAAAUCAAACGAAACGAAUUCAAGAUAACUUAAAGCUUUAAGAAAGCGGCAUGCUCCACAUGUCGUUUACAUUGUUUUGUAUUAUAAAGGAAUCUCCCCCGCAUCAAAUGUAUCAGAUGGCAUUUAUUUUGUUUAUUCUUAUUAAUAUCAUUUUUUUAACGAAGUUCAUCUCUCAUUAGACCAUACUAAUUUAUUUAUCGGCACAUGCUGCAAGAAAAUUGUAAAACACCAAAAACUAAACGAAGAUAAGCUUAAAACGACCCAGUCCGCUUUAAAUAUAAUUUAGUUUUAAGCACAAACCAAGAUUUUAAUCGAAAUAGUGUUAGUAAGCGAACAGAAUCGAACCAAAAUAAAACUUUACGAACGUUACACAAUUGUACCUCUUAUUAAACAAUAAACGCAACAAAUUAGUCCGUUACACUUACUUUCCAGCACAUGGAUUUUAAACUGUAUUUGGCGUUAUUCGAAUAAAACAACAUUUUUUUUUAACUAGUUGAGCAAAAAUGGAACAGAAUUCUAUACUUUAUUAUAAAUCUAAAUGUAUAUGUGUGUGUUGCUAUAUGUGUAUUAAAAAUGUAUCUUUGUAUAUUACAGCCACUUGAAGAUAUUUAUAAAAUGUUAAUGUCCCAAAUUUAUCAAUGUAAAGAAUAUUGAACAAAUUAAAAUAUUUCAAUUCAAAAGUUCAAUGAA